AUGGGGAAUUCAUUCUUUGCUGCACUCAAGCUGAGGUUUGAUGAGCGCGUGACAGAAUCCGCCACAAAGCAGAAUCUAGACUCUGAAGAGAUCGUGAAGCCUAGUGUUAGCUGUCGGAUCAUAAGUCAGGACAUGUGGUGGGGAGCAAUCGGGUCCUCCUUCACGGUGUUUGUCGGAGGUCUAUUGCUUAUAGUGCUGUAUAGAGGCAUUAGGAUCUGCUACACUGAACUGCACAGAAUCGCCUACGGUGAACAAGCCAGGUGCACGCCGCCCGCGGUCUCGAUGCUUCGAUCUCCAAGACGCUUCCGUCGGCGAAGUCGGCAAGGAAUCGGGUCAUCCCCCCCGAAGGUGCAGAUCUUCCAGGCCGUUCCUGGAGACAUAGAAAUGCCAAACCACACGGCCGGUGCGAAAACCCACCUCUCGCGGGGAACUGUAGUUUGUACUGCAGAUCACGGGCUUCAACAGAACCCCAGCCACCUCGUAAAGAAAACAAAGACUGAGAAAGGAAGAGCUCACUUCGCUGCACUGUCUGAUGCUAAAUCUGUUUCAGGCGAUCACUCAUCUGAACUCCACGAGAACACCAAAGUUACGGCACGCUGGCCUGAUGAUGGAGAUCCAGGAAUGGGCUCAGCGCAUGAUAUCGGCUCAGUCUUGGGUUGGCCGAGGCCUUGUGAGUACACGAGGGUCCACAUUCGGAACAAGGGCAUUGGAGCUGGUGUACUGAGGUCCAUUGAAGACACUUGGGUAGUCCUGAGGACACUGGAGGUGGUCGACCUGGGAUUUAAUUCUUUCUUUCUCUUCUACUUUGGCCUACGUUUCAUCGCCGCCGACGACAAGUUCUGGUUCUGGGUAGAGCUGAACUCCAUUGUGGAUUUUUUCACCAUCCCCCCAGUCAUCAUCUCUCUCUACUUCAAGCGUGACUGUAUCGGUCUGAGGUUCAUGAGGACACUCCGUCUACUGCAGCUGCCUGAAAUCCUGCAAUACCUACGGAUCCUCAGGAAGCACACCAAAAUCAAACUCGUGAGUCUUCUGUCGGUGUUUGUGGGAACCUGGCUGACAGCUGCUGGCUUCAUCCACACAAUUGAGAAUUCCGGAGAUCCCUGGAGGCAGGAGAACAACAGCCAACAGCUGACCUACUGGCAGUGUGUCUACCUACUCCUAGUCACCAUGUCGACCGUCGGCUUUGGUGACCUAACUGCCAGGACCACUCUCGGCCAGGUCUUCAUGGCCUUCUUCAUCAUCCUGGGCAUGGUACUGUUUGCAAGUCAUGUCCCUGAGAUCAUUGAGCUCAUCGGAAGCCAUCACAAGUACACAGGCUCCUACAGAGCAGUCGUGGGUAAGAAGCACAUUAUAGUGUGUGGCCACAUCACCCUCAGCAGUCUUCAUGAGUUGCUGAAAAACUUCAGCUGGAAGGAGAGGGAGGAGAGUUCAACCAUCAUUGUGAUCCUCGAGGACUUUAUUCCUGGUCUGGAGCUCCAGGCCCUGUUCAAACGCCACCUCAUACAGAUGCAGUUUUUCCAGGGAUCGGUUCUGAAGCCGACGGAUUUGGACAGGGUUCAGCUGGACAAAGCCGACGCCUGUCUGAUUUUAGCUGACAAGAAUUGUCUCAACCCUGAAGCUGAAGAUUCUGCAAACAUCAUGAAGGCCAUUGCUAUGAAACAGUACUCACCCAAGAUUCGGAUCAUCGCCCAAGUGCUUCAGUACCACAGCAAGGGGUACCUGCAGAACCUACCGAGCUGGAACUUGGUGCACAGGGACAGUGUGAUCUGCCUGAAUGAGCUGAAGAUGGGAUUCAUUGCUCAGAACUGCCUCUUGCCAGGCUUCUCCACUCUGCUCGCCAACCUGUUCAUCAAAAAAUCCCAGGUGGAGCAUAAGACAGGAACCUGGCUGGAUAUCUACCAAGAAGGAGUCAGCCAAGAGAUUUUCACGGAAUAUCUGUCGGACGCCUUUGUGGGGAUGUCGUUUCCUGCAGUGUGCCAGAUUUGCUACCUGAAACUGAAGCUGCUGCUCAUUGCCAUUCAGUACCAGACAGACCCAGGAACGGUCAGUAUUGUGAUAAACCCAAAUGCCAGCAUCCUGAUCGAGGAACAAACCCUUGGCUUCUUCAUCGCCAAGAAGCAAAGCCACGUACAGAGGGCAAACUUCUACUGCACUGAGUGUCACGGUGACGUCCACAACCCCCGGCACAUCAGGACGUGUACCUGCCGCAAGAAGUUGAACAAGGACAAGCCGAUUGAUGGUGUCAUUCAAGUGCAGUCGUUCGGGGUCCUGCCCAGGCAAACAGCCUCUACUGAAUUGAUAGAUUCUGCGUUGGCCAGGGAGAAGGUGAGCCUGGAUUCCACCGGAAUGUUCCACUGGUGUCCACCCAAGGCUAUCACGGAAGUGACCCUGAGCCGUGCCACGGUAUCGCGCCUGCAGCUGUCGAACCAUGUCAUCGUCUGCAUCUUUAGCGAGCCCAAGUUCCCUCUGAUCGGCCUGCGCAACUUCGUGAUGCCUCUGCGUGCCAGCAGCUUCACCUACAAGGAGCUCAAGGCUAUUGUGUUCGUGGUGUCCCUGGAGUAUAUCAGCAAGGAAUGGGAAACCAUCAGUAACUUUCCCAAGGUCUUCAUCCUGCCGGGAUCUCCACUCUGCCGAGCUGACCUAAAGGCAGCCAACAUCGCUACCUGUGACAUGACUGUGGUCAUCUCCUCCAAUCGGACCCACUUCGAGGAGAGGAGCCUGGAGGACAAAGAGUGUAUCCUGGCCACCCUGAACCUGACGUCCAUGCUCUUUGAGAAGCUCAAGUACUCCGAUGACCCAAUGACAAAGUCUGAAGUGAACUUCUUGGCCAAUACAGAUGUGUGUGCCUCAGUUGACAGAUAUCAUUACAGAGUCCCUAUCAUUACUUCACUCGUUCACCAAUCGAACGUCUAUUUUCUGGACCAGGGAGACCGAGGUGAAGCGGACACCGAUCUGUAUCUCACCAAGCCUCACGCCAGUGGGUGUGUGUUUGCCUUCAGUAUCCUGAACUCUCUGACAUGUAUGACGUACUUCAAUGACAAUAUUCUGCUGCUGAUCCGCACCCUGGUGACAGGAGGCGCCUCCCCAGAGCUCGAUGAGCAGCUGGCUGAUGAGGACGCACUGAGGGGCAGUAUCAAUGCCCAGGACAACAUGGACCAGAGGAACCGCUGCAAGCUGGCUUGUAUCACCAUGUGCGACAGGCGCUUUGAGGAGUUUGCGGUGGGUCACGUUGUGUUCUGA